AUGGCCUAUGCCCUACUCGGAAUGUUCGACAUUCAGAUGCCUCUGAUCUACGGUGAAGAUAUUCCAAAAGCCCAUUUGGUCGUGCCUUUCGGCAAAAAUGUCGAUAUCGUUGGUCGAGGGGGCAUUCUGGACGAAGUAAUGAGGAAAAUUCCUCCGGCGACCAAUGAUAACACCUGCCAGAUGACUGUAAUCGAGGGUCUAGGUGGCGUAGGCAAGACUCAAAUUGCCCCCCUCAUCGUCAUCACAGCCUCAGGAAGUUCUCAAAGAAUGUCCUUCGAUUACAUCAUCAUCGGGGCUGGCACCUCUGGACUUCUGGUUGCCAAUCGACUAUCGGCCAACUCAAAUACAAGAGUUGUGCUGAUUGAGCCUAGUUCAGACGACCGCAACAAUCCAAACGUUACAGACCCAUUGAACCGCGAUAAAAUAAGCGACAGUUGGGAAGCUAGAGAGAAUGGACCAACGAACAACGUGGAACUCACCUGCCGCCGCUACUGUUGCAAGGCAACAAUUACAGUGCACCGCCCCGUUUUGUUAUCGUCGUCUUGUCCAAGUAGUAUUACGAUUGACGAGACUGAUACGGGGAAUGUGCCUAGGUACUCGAGUAUUUGUGUGGUGGAACACGGCGCAACAAUCUGCACGGGUAUCCCGCCUUCCAACCAGCCUGAUUCCCAGCCUGUGUACGCUCACGGACGAACAGAACACAAUUGCGUGCUAUCUCGAGUCAUGCCGACGAAGAAAAUAUCACAAUUCGUAACCAUCUUUUCGGACGAGUUCCCAAAACCGCGGUCCCAAUCCCCUUGGUUGACCUCACCUCUCAAAGACUUCAUCCUUGGUCCAGAGGUUCGAGAAUUAGAAGCGAGGUUGGCCGACUACUCUGGCGCAACCCAUGUUGUCACUUGUGGAAGUGGCACAGCGGCAUUGACAUUAGCUCUGCUGGCGCUCGGGCUGCAACCUGGGGAUUCUGUACUCGUUCCGGAUUUGUCCUACCCGCAACAUCUGACAAUCAAUCCAUCUCUCGUGGACGCAGGUGUCACUGCCGCUACUAAAGCCGGACACCGAGCAGUGGGAAUCAUUGCAGUCAAUCUUUAUAGUCACCCAGCUGAUUACGAUGCGUUACAUGAAGCUGCCGCCCUACACAGGCUCUGGGUUAUCGGCGACGCCGCGCAAAGUUUUGGCGGGAGCUCGGGCGGCCGUCGCGUAGGUUCGCUUGCGCGUCCGACUACAACAAGCUUCUUUCCCUCGAAGCCACCUGGGCGCUACGGUGAUGGAGGCGCUGUAUUUACGAACGACGGUGAGAUAGCAGAGCUCUCAAGAUCACUGCGCCAGCAUGGGCUCGAUAAGACCAAGUCGAACGGUUUGCGCAUCGGCUUGAACGGUCGGCUCGAUACGAUUCAAGCAGCCGUCUUGCUUUGCAAAUUAGACUUGCUCACAGAAGAGAUGAUUAGAGAGAAAAAGUGGCAGGCAGAUAUGCUCAGCUUUGGCAUGGAGUUGUUACGCUUCCAAGGGCUCGCGAUGAUUUACACUCUGCCUGGGCAGCAUAUACCAUACGGACUACGCAGCGCGAUAUCAUCAAGCAGUACCUUGGUGAUCAUGGCAUUGCUUCCGCCAUCUACUACGCUGUGCCUUUUGACAAGUAACUUGCAUAUCAGCGGUUCCCGAUGA